GUUCUACUUCCGGUAGGGAAAGGAAAAGAAAGAGCACUGUCGGAAGUAAGGAAGGUGCUGUGUAAUCACCAAGGAGCCGAGGCGCUUGCAUCUCCUAAAAUGCCGGAUUACCUCGGCGCCGACCAGCGGAAAACCAAAGAGGAUGAGAAGGACGACAAGCCCAUCCGAGCUCUGGAUGAGGGGGAUAUUGCCUUGCUGAAAACUUACGGUCAAAGCACAUACUCCAGGCAGAUCAAGCAGGUGGAAGAUGAUAUUCAACAACUUCUCAAGAAAAUUAAUGAGCUCACUGGUAUUAAAGAGUCUGACACUGGCCUGGCGCCUCCAGCGCUCUGGGAUUUGGCUGCAGAUAAGCAGACUCUGCAGAGCGAGCAGCCUUUGCAGGUGGCGAGGUGUACAAAGAUAAUCAAUGCCGAUUCAGAGGACCCAAAAUAUAUUAUCAAUGUAAAGCAGUUUGCCAAGUUUGUGGUAGACCUCAGCGAUCAGGUGGCACCUACUGACAUUGAAGAAGGCAUGAGAGUUGGUGUGGACAGAAAUAAGUAUCAAAUUCACAUUCCCCUGCCUCCUAAGAUUGACCCGACGGUGACCAUGAUGCAGGUGGAGGAAAAACCUGAUGUCACAUACAGUGAUGUUGGUGGGUGUAAGGAGCAGAUUGAGAAGUUGCGAGAAGUGGUUGAAACUCCACUACUUCAUCCGGAGCGGUUCGUUAACCUGGGCAUUGAGCCUCCGAAGGGCGUGCUGCUGUUCGGGCCCCCGGGCACAGGCAAGACGCUCUGUGCCAGGGCGGUUGCCAACAGGACUGAUGCGUGCUUCAUCCGGGUUAUUGGAUCCGAGCUUGUGCAGAAAUACGUCGGUGAGGGCGCUCGAAUGGUUCGUGAGCUCUUUGAAAUGGCCAGAACAAAAAAAGCCUGCCUUAUCUUCUUUGAUGAAAUCGAUGCCAUUGGAGGGGCCCGGUUUGACGAUGGUGCUGGCGGUGACAAUGAAGUGCAGAGAACCAUGCUGGAACUGAUCAAUCAGCUGGAUGGCUUUGACCCUCGUGGGAACAUUAAGGUGCUGAUGGCCACUAACAGACCCGAUACUCUGGACCCAGCGCUGAUGAGGCCGGGGAGACUGGACAGAAAGAUUGAGUUCAGCUUGCCUGAUUUAGAGGGUCGGACUCACAUCUUUAAGAUUCAUGCUCGUUCAAUGAGUGUUGAAAGAGACAUCCGAUUUGAACUGUUAGCACGACUGUGUCCAAAUAGCACUGGUGCUGAAAUUAGAAGUGUCUGCACAGAAGCUGGUAUGUUUGCCAUCCGGGCGCGGCGAAAAAUCGCGACUGAGAAGGAUUUCCUGGAAGCUGUAAAUAAGGUCAUUAAGUCUUACGCCAAGUUCAGUGCUACUCCUCGCUACAUGACAUACAACUGAGCCGCAGAGGCUUUCAAAUGAAAGCAGCUGUAGUCGGGAUCCUGAGCGUACAUAGACUUGUUAACAACCACCUCACAAAAAAUAAAUGUUUCAAAAUUG